AUGGACUUCAAGGAUGUUGCGAGUAUUGCGAAGGUAGAAAAGAAUGAUCCAAGUCCAUCUCCGGAAACCGGAAUCGACAAUCCACACAGGUAUAUUUUUGCGACAGAGGAGCCAGUAUUCCAUCGAUUCCCUAAACUUCCUCAAGAGGUUCGUGAUAUGAUUUGGGAUUACGCUGUCGACCGUAACUCAACUUCUGAGGUUGUCUCUGCCUCGCCUACCUUUUCCAACGCCCCUCUUCUCUCUCAAGUAUGUCAAGAAUCAAGAGCGGCCUGUUCAAGGAGAUACUCUACUUUCAAGAAUCCAGAUGGAUCUGGCAUGGCCAAGAUGGAUCUGCGUUGCUUGGAAUUAGACUUUGAGGCAUGGAUCGACUAUGAGCGUGACGUACUUCAACUGUCUUACAUGUUUUGCCAUUCGGUAAUGAAUGAGAGCUACCUGUGGAGCAGUCUCCCUUGUGUUAGGCAAGCUUACAAAGAUUUAUUACUUCCAGUCAAAACCCUUGGUAUUGACGAACUUACAUUAUGGGGAUUGAUAGAUGAUUCUGUUAACGUAUGGAAAAGAUUCGCUGAGAUCUGCCCACAAGUGACGCAUUUGAAGAUAAUCGAAAGGGGUGAAAUAUGCAUUGAGCAGAAAAUACCUCAUAAGCGCUGCUUACAGCGCAUGACUAUGAAUGAUUUACGCCCAGGCAGUUUAAUGGACCGAAUUGCGAAUAAAAUGGACAGAUUUAUUGCUAAUCACGGGCCAUUGAGUUAUGAGGUCGAAUUUGCUGAGUUUGCCCGCGACCCGGAGCUAGAGAAGAAGAUCCUCGUUGAAUCGCUUUUAAACGUAUACAGGCAGGGAAAAGAGGAGCAAGCAGCGAUCAACGAAUGGCGGGUGGACAUUUGGAUGCAGAAAUUUGACGUAAGAUCAAAGCAAGAGGCUGCAGAGGAGGUUUCAGCUCAGGGGGAACGAGAGGGAAAUCUCAAACAGGGUUGA